UGUCAUUUGGGUGAACUAUCCAUUUAUCUUUACUUAGCACACACGGGUCAUGCCCAUAGGGGGCACCUGCCCCCUCAGAUUUGUAAUUAGCCACUAGCCACCUAUACAUUUUAUGAAGUUGGCUUUAGCUAGCCCAGAUAGAUUCCCAAUCUUCCAACCUCAUAACUAGGUACCAAUAAGCCAUUUCAGGCCAUCAAUAAAGUUAGAGUAGAUUGCUUGUCUAACUAUUUUAGCUGGCAAAAGUGGUAGACUUUAGAAAAGCAAUCAAGCACUAAAUGUACUGAAUAAGCAUAACCUUCCUUUCAAUCUUUUUACCCAGAUUUUAGCAGAGAUGUAGAGAAGCAUAUCCCCCCCCCAAAAAAAAAACAGUCAGGAGGAUACAGACAGCUCAAGAGGGAUGCUUAGAAAUGUAGAACAAUACAUAUAUUUUUGACAUAGAAUUAAGCAUAAUGAUUAUCGCUCUAGAUUGCAGGGAAAGCUAUUUCAGGUGUUUGAAAAAUGCUAAAUUCUCCAACUUCAGGAUAUCAUCCUCUAGCCAUCCUCACAUACUUUGUGCUCCCUCAGAUUUUGGGGGUGCAUGACCCACCCAUCACACACAUACACACACACACACACGCCAGUGGUCCUCCGCCCCCUAGUGGUCGCUUUAUGUAGAUUUUUUUUUUGCAAUAGUGAGAAGGGGAGUGACUUUUCUUAUGGUUUUUGCUGGUCGACGAGUUGAGCUGGAGUUUCACUGUUGACUAGCCUAGUCUCAUCACCUCAACCUAUAGAACCUCAAGCUAAAAUAUUCUCGCCGGAGAGAACUGUGGCUCAUAUUGGACACAGCUAUGAUAUCGGGGGAAAAAUAAACUUCCCAGGGACGCUUUGAGCAUUUCCAGGGAUGGACAAACAAAAAGGAGAGAAUCUGGCGCUUCCAGCUAAACUGAGAUUUUAUGGAUAUAAAGAAGGAAAUUAUCGAACAAAAGGACCAUUGGUGAUGUAACUGGGACCUUUUGGAGUGCCAACAGAAGAUCUUCAAAGUGCUGAACCGUCUGAUCACAGAUCUGCACUCCUUCCUGGUGGUGCUGGACAGUGAGAACCUCAGCUACAUCGCUCAGGCCCAAAAGAAGUCUAUCUCAGAGCUGCUAUCCAAGCUGCAAGACACCCCUGUUGAGGAUGCUGAGUAUAUGAUCAUGAGCUGUCCAUCAGGGUCCCCAAGCAAUGAUCUCAGGGAAACCCAGCUGUCAGGCACAGUUGGUCUGUUCCAGUCAGGACCAGACCCGGACUCAGCCGAGGAGACCUUGUCCUCUGCCUCUACCGAAUGGCUACGGAAAGGGAGCCAGGAGCCAGCGGUACCCCCCCAACCUCCAGAAGGUUUAGAUGAGGACUGCUACGAGGAGGCUGAGCCUUUUGUUCCAGACAAUCCCUCCACAGACAAAGGUGACUCAGACAGCAGUCACUACGAGUCAUACGGUGAGGAAGAUGAGGAGUUUGUGAAGGACCGGGCCCACUACAUCCAGUGGAGUGCCUCCCAGACCUGUCUGCGGCCUACUUCUGAGUCACGCAUCUGUGGCUACCUGUGGAGGAAGAAAUGGCUGGGCCAAUGGACCAAACAACUCUUUCUCAUCCGCAACAAUCUGCUGUUGUGCUACAAAUGUGCCAAGGACCUCUACCCGCUGCUGGAGCUCGACCUGCGGGGCUGCCAGGUGGUUUACAAGUCCAAGCACAACAAGAAGAUGCAGCACGAGCUCAAAGUUGUGACUGGUUCCGACACAGUGGUGAUGGGCUUCCAGAGCUGCCACCAGGCGGAGGAAUGGAGGAAGAUCAUUGAGGAGGUGAAGGGCUCCUCCUACUAUGAGUCCCAAAGGUUCUCCUUGUUACUCAAAUGUGACAGACUGGACUCUUGCAGGUCAAGCACAGUCAUUCAGACUUCAGACUCGGAUGAAGAGAAAAUGUUGGCGCUGCCCUCUGCUCCCAGCAGUGUGGAAAUGAAGGAUAAAGGGUUCCUGAAUGUGCUGAUGAACUGCCAGUGGCAGAGCCUGUUGUGCCAGGUACAGGGCGGGGUGCUGAAAAUGUUCCGAGACGAGGGCUGUGAAGAGUGCCCUCAGUACACGGUGCAGCUGAAAGGCUGCCAGGUUCGACCUGGCCCCGACACACCUCAGGCCUACCGCAUCACUGUGGUCCAACACGGAGACCAGGUGGCAGUACUGGAGGCCAGCUGUGCAGAUGAGAAAGAGCAGUGGUUGCAGCUCCUACAGGACGGGAGUGUAAGCCAGGAUCAGGCUGACUCUCUAUAUGACUCAAAGCCUGCUGGAGCCCUCAGUGGUUUGAAGGAGCAAAGGUUCCCAACCUCAAACAUGUACAUAGAUGACCCCUUUCACCAGCACAGUGGAAGCGGCCGCUCACAACCCAUCUACUCCAACACGGCCAUACUGGAGCACAUGUUCCAGAAUUCCCAUAACGUCGCCAGGGGAGACUCAGUGUCAUCGAAGGAUUCAGUCAACUACAGCAACACUGAUAUCUUUAACAAUCACAGUAGGAAAUCGUGUGAGGUGGAGCGGGGGGUUCAGAAACUGGACUUGACUGGGAAGAGAAGGGUACAGCUGAGAGCUGGGUCAGAGAUGAACCUCAUCACUGCAGGGAAGACCGCCAAAUGUACCUCCUUCAGACAGUCUCUGGCAUUCUGUACAGAACGGGCACAGGGUGGGUUUUUUACUCCACUACUGCGAAGGACUGCCUCCGCUAAAAACUCACUGAAAAGAGCCCCUUCUGCCCUAUUUAUUGAGCAUGGCAAGGUGUUUCAGAGAAAGAAGGAGUGGGAGACAAUGCCAUCUACUUAGUACUCUACUAGCUGUUUCGGUAACAAUUAUCUUGUAUACAUUUCCUAUUUUCUACCAAACAUUUUUGUCAUUAGAAAUGUCAUCCAUCUUGAUGAUAAUACAAUACACUAUACUUGCUUUCCCAAUGGCACCCCUUUCUCUAUUUAGCCCAUAAGGGUCUGGUGAAAAGUAGUGCACUAUAUAGGGAAUAGGGUGCCAUUUGCAACAGGACCUUAGAUUAGAAACAGGCUUGUUUCUCCGUUAAAACAGCUGCAUUAAUAAGAGAUUCCUGUGAAGGUAAUUCAAUUGAAAACCUUGUAAAGCCUGAUUCAGGAACUCAGGAAUGCCUCUCAGUUUGAGGUGUAACACUUUCAUUGUUUUUCUGUCUUUCAUUUCUUAAAGAACAGUUUGUAUUGUCUAAUUUGUCUAUGUAUGUAUUGCAAUUCAUCAGACUUAACUUUGCACUGUUUUCAUCACUAAUUGAGUUACAAUAAAUACACAAUGUUGAAGUCAUGAAAAAUACAUUAUAUAUGGAUAUGAAUUGAAGUCAUGUUCACCGUAUACAGUUCUGUGGUAUAAUUUAAACAUAGUUGCAGAUAUCUUUUUAUAAAGUGUUUUUACCAUGAUAUUUGUACUUAGUAUCACUGAGAUGUUUGACAUUCCUGAAAUAUGUUGUGAUACAGUGACAUUUAUUGUAAUGUUCCCAUGUUUUUAUUAAUAAAGACUUUGUGUAUUAAAUGUUAGGUUGGCCUACCAUUUGCUGUAAACUGACAACUGUGGUAAUAAAACAGUAAUUAAAACA